AUGCGCGGUCGUGGUGCCACAGAAGCCACCCGAACUGCAGCACUGGUUGUUGAAGGUGCCACCAGCACAUGUGAGCCCUCCCUUACUGGCGCCGCAAGUCCCGUCGUUCGAGGGGAUAUUUGUCGUGAGGCAGGCGCUCGAAGAUGCUUUUUGGCUUUUGCAGGAGUUAGUCCAAGUCCUCAUUGCAUUACCUUCCCUGGACGAGAACAACAUCAAGGUCGAGCAGAGUAA